GCGACGUUACGUUACAUGCCCAAGUCAAACCGUAAAACCGCUUACGAGAUCCACGUGUAUUGGAGCCGGAUUUCAAACGCAUAUAAAUUGGUUAAGAGAAACGGGAACAGAGAACGUUUGAAUUCCGGCGAACAGAAAAUUAAAAUCAAUUUUCUCCGCAGUUUGGCGGUUUUAAAAAAAACCACAUUUCUACUUUUCCGGUUUCGAUCCUCCGAACACCAUUCGCUCCCCAAAUCUUCUCUUCAACCUAAGCUCGGAUCUUCACCUUCCUCGCUGGUAAAAGUGGAGGGACCUUUUCUUCCUGCACCACUAAAUGAUUCAAAUGAAGUUGAGGAUUUACUUGUGGAGUCUAAAAGCGAGCAUGUUUUAGGAAAUUGUUUGAGAGUUCAAGAUUUCUCUUGCGACUUCGGCUAUGGAAUACAAACAAACGGUGGUGGAUUGGAUUCUAAUAGCAAGCAGGGAGGCGAACAUGAACUUAAAUUUGGAGAUCUUGAUCAGCUGCUGGAUGAUGCCAAUGAAGUAGGGGAAUUCCAUGCUACAAACAAUCUGCCAAAUACAUAUGCCGAAGUUGCUGAAAAUUCUUUCAGACAAAAUAGGAGAUUUCAAUUGGGAAACUCAAGUUCAGAGAAUAAAUCUCCGGGACCAAGCAGGAUUGAUACUGAUGCUUUUGGAAUAUCAGAAUUAUCAGCGACAAUGGUAAUGGAGGCUGAAUUCAAUAAUACACCUGUUGAGAGGGGUUUAACUCAUGAGUUGUCCCCUGGUCUGGGGACCAAAGGUAGGUGUGUAACACCACUUGAAGGCAACAUCUGUGGUACAAUACUUGAUAAUAGGAACAUCCAUAAGUUCAAUACUAAUGAAAAUUAUAUAGAAAAUGGCGAUUUAUCUGAUGAAAAUGUGAAGGGUGAUAUUGUGGCAAACGAACUUGCCAGUUGUUCAAGGGAGAGGAGAUUGCGUAAGCCUACACGAAGAUACAUUGAAGAAUUUUUAGAUUCAAAGUCUGAACAUAACAAGGGAAGGCGAAAACUUCCUAGAAAAGAUAAGUACCUAAAAGUGAUGUCUACUGAAGAAUCCUAUCACAUUAGACAUGAGGUACAAAUGAUGCCUAGAAGUGAUUCACAAUGUGGUACGUCUGUUCCAGUGCAGCCUAAAUCUGAAAGAAGACAUCCAAACAAGCAUGUGCCAGUUUCAGGAUUUCUAUCGGAAGAUGAAUCAUCUGCAACUGAGUGUAAGAAUGUUUAUUCAUCUGCUAGAAGAUGUAAAAAGUAUGAUAGGAGGCGCCAGAAGAUGUGGACCCUUACUGAAGUAAUGCGAUUAGUUGAUGGAAUUGCCGAAUAUGGAACUGGCCGCUGGACUCAUAUUAAGAAGCAUCUAUUUGCAUCUUCUCCUCAUCGCACACCUAUCGAUCUCAGGGACAAAUGGCGAAAUCUUCUGAGAGCUAGCUGUGUUAACAUACAGAACAAAAAAGGGGUUGAAGGGAAGCAGACACAUGCCUCUCGUCCACUACCAAAGUCCCUGCUCCAACGUGUUUAUGAACUGGCCAAUAUCUAUCCAUACCCAAAGGAGCGUGGUCCAAAAUCAGUCAAAGCAAUUACACCUCCCAUGGAUCUUAUUGAAAGUAACUCUUUGUCAUUCAAUUGGGGGCGGAAGAAGUAUGAAUGACUUCAACUUUGGAAGCAGCAGAAAUUCCUUUGCAGUCAGAGGUUGAAGUCUAAGUAAUACAUAUAAUUAGACGUAAAAAGAUCUCUGUUUCUGUUUUGACCCUUUUGUAACGGUGAUAUGCACUUUGAAAUUGGGAAGAAAAUCUUUUAUAAAAGCCACGGAGCUAAUUAACUGAAAA